UCUGUGCAGGCACCGAGACAAGCUAAGCACUCUGUCGGACCUGGAACAGCAGUAUCGUACCAUGAGGAAAUACUAUGAGAACUGCGAAGUCGUCAUGGGCAACCUUGAGAUUACAAGCAUUGACCGUAGUCGAGAUCUGACCUUCCUCAGAUCUAUACGAGAAGUUACGGGCUAUGUGUUGGUGGCUCUGAACCAGUUCGACUACCUGCCUUUGGAGAACUUGAGGAUCAUUAGAGGAACCAAGCUUUAUGAGGACCGCUACUCGCUUGCGAUCUUUCUGAAUUACAGGCGAGAUGGAAACUUUGGCCUUCGACAGCUGGGUCUUAAAAACCUUACAGAGAUUCUCAAUGGAGGUGUGUAUGUUGACCAGAACAAGUUCCUCUGCCAUGCAGAUACAAUUCACUGGCAGGACAUUGUCAAGUAUCCAAGGCUCCAUCCUAUAGUCGUGCCCACUAACAGCAGUGUCACAUGUCAAAAGUGCCAUCGUUCCUGUACUGGGCGCUGCUGGGGUCCCAAGGAGGACCACUGUCAAAGCUUAACUAAGACAGUGUGUGCUGAACAGUGUGAUGGUCGCUGCUUUGGUUCCUAUGUAAGUGACUGCUGCCAUCGUGAGUGUGCGGGUGGCUGCUUUGGCCCAAAGGACACAGACUGUUUUGCCUGCACAAACUUCAACGACAGUGGGGCGUGCGUUACACAGUGCCCUCAGCCAUUUGUCUACAAUCCAACCACGUUCCAACUUGAACACAACCCCAGGGCAAAGUACACCUAUGGAGCCUUUUGUGUCAAGAAGUGUCCUCACAACUUUGUGGUGGACCACAGCUCUUGUGUGAGAGCUUGCCCUAGUAACAAGAUGGAGGUGGAGGAGAACCGCAUCAAGAUGUGCAUUCCUUGCACUGAUAUCUGCCCAAAAGCAUGUGAUGGAAUAGGUACAGCCAGCCUACAGAAAGCUCAAACAGUGGAUUCAAGUAACAUUGACAAGUUUGUCAACUGCACCAAAAUCAAUGGCAAUCUGGUGUUCCUUAUUACUGGAAUUAAAGGGGAUGUUUAUCACAACAUUGGACCUUUAGAUCCAGAAAAACUCAGUGUGUUUCGCACUGUUCGGGAAAUCACAGGUUACCUUAACAUCCAGUCUUGGCCUGACAACAUGACUGACUUGAGUGUUUUCUCCAACCUAGCAACUAUCGGGGGAAGAGCCCUGUACAGUGGGAUAUCCCUGCUGGUGUUAAAACAGCAGGGCAUCACAUCGCUGCAGCUUCAGUCUCUUAGAGAGAUCAGUGCUGGGAAUGUCCAUAUUGCAGAGAACAGCCAACUUUGCUACUACAGCACUGUCAACUGGACAAGAUUGUUUCGCGCUGGAAACCAAAAGGUUCUUAUCCGCAACAACCGAAGCCCACAAGAAUGUGCCAAGGAGCACAUGGUGUGUGACCCAUUUUGUUCCGAUGCUGGAUGUUGGGGUCCUGGCCCGGAUCAGUGCCUGUCCUGCCGAUACUUCAGCCGGGGGCGAACCUGUGUAGAUACCUGCAACCUUUACGAAGGGGAUAUUCGAGAGUAUGCCAAUGGUUCAAUGUGUGUGGAGUGUGAUGCCCAGUGUGAACGAGCAGACGAUGAUUCUUUAACCUGCCACGGCCCGAAGACAUUAUUUAGGCCUUGCCGAUGUUACGAGGCCUGUCUGAGAGAGCUCGUCACUGAUCUUCCUUUCCUCUCCAAUCCCCUCACGCGCCUAUAUUAGCUCCAUAAAUCCUAUUCUAGUCGAAUUGUUAUGGUCAUUGUGUGUGCUGUGAGCGAUGGUUAUUAUCUGCCUGCUCUGCUCGUGCUGCUUUAUGGUCUUGCCUGUUUUCUCCAUUUUUUCCUCUCAUUUUCUCUUCGCUUCUUAUUAGACUUCUCAGACUGUCUCUCUCCUCUGCUUCGUUGUAAUACAUCCAUUUCCACCCUCUCCGCUUCCUUUCACUUAUUAGUGUGCACUACCUUUUUUUUUCUCUUGUAUGCUUUUUUUUCUAACCUCAACACACAAUUAUUUGUUUUACCUUAGUUAUCUCUCUCUCAC